AUGGUAAGGGCUACAGAUUCGCCUUUCACCGCAGCGGUACUUGAAUGCUUUGUACCGUCAAAGUUUCGCUUACCUCAACUAAAGCCAUUCGACGGACUCAAAGACCCUCAGGAUCAUCUUAAUACCUUUAAGACGACUCUAGGUCUUCAACAACCACCUGACGAGAUACUGUGUUGUUCCUUCCCAACCACUCUCAAAGGAGUUACAAGAGAAUGGUUCACGAAGUUGCCGACCUCGUCCAUAGACAACUUUGAUCAAUUAAGUAGUGCCUUCUUGCACCAUUUCAUAGGGGGGCAACGUCCAAAGAGGCCGGUAGACUACUUACUCACCAUAAGACAGGGAGAGAAGGAAACUUUGAGGUCGUACGUCAAACGAUUCACCCGGGAGACUCUGGAGGUGGAUAAAGCCGAUGACAAGGUGCAGCUGACGACCUUCAAGGCGGGGCUGAGGUCCAGAGAUCUCGUGGCCUCCCUCGCAAAGAAUCCACCAAAGACGAUGGCGGAAAUGCUCCUGAAGGCACAGAAGUACAUGAAUGCUGAAGAUGCUUUAGCUGCCAUAAAGGAUGCCGAGAAGCCAGGCGACAAGGCCAAGAGGGAAGACGAACGUAGGGGGCAGAAGAGAGAUCGACCAAAUCGUCGGAACAAUAACGGGAACAGGAGGAAAGAUGAUAAAAGUCCUCGGACGGACGAGCAUUAUCUCAAAUGGCCCAAACCAUUGCACUCAUCCCCCAACGUUCGCGACAAGAACAAGUACUGCCAGUUCCACAAAGAUCACAGCCACAACAUGGAAGAUUGCAGAGACCUAAAGGAGCAAAUAGAGGAGUUAAUACGGAAAGGGAAGUUACAGAAAUACGUGAAGAAGGGAGAAUAUAGCAAGUUCAGGGACGACAAUAAAAUCCAGCAUGAAUCCUUCUCCCGUGAUGACGACCGUCCGUCCCAGCCUCCACACAAGGUGAUUGGGGAGAUAAACACGAUUACAGGGGGGCCGUUUUCAGGAGGGUCGUUUAAAUCACUCAAAAAGGCAUACCAGAGACAGGUUAACAGCGUCCACGCCGUACCCCCGUCCAAGCACCGACGAACAUACCAGGACAUGUCUUUCAGUGAAGGAGACGCCAUGGGAGUGAAGCAGCCCCACAACGAUCCCUUAGUCAUAAUGCUGAAUAUAGAAGGGUUCAAUACCAAGAGGAUCCUCGUCGAUAAUGGCAGCUCCGCGGACAUCAUCUACCUCCCAGCCUUCCAGCAACUGAGACUAGAUCCAAAAAGACUGCGCCCUUUUGACUCUCCACUCGUUAGUUUCAGUGGAGACAGGGUCUACCCCAGGGGUAUAGUGACAUUGACGGUGACGGCGAGGACCUACCUAGUGCAGUUGACCCGACAAGUAGACUUCCUGGUGGUAGAUUGUCCAUCAUCCUACAAUGUCAUCGUUGGAAGACCCACGCUCAACAAGUGGAAGGCGGCAACGUCAACCUACUAUUUGAAGGUAAAAUUCCCAACAGAUAAUGGUGUCGGUGAAGUGAAAGGAGAUCAAGUCCUGGCAAGAGAAUGCUACCAAGCCGUCCUGGCUGGGAAGGAGAACCACACGUGGAUGAUUGAGGAAAAGGAAGAAGACAGGAUAGAGGCCCUAGAGACGAUGGAAUUGGUAGAAGGAGAAGCGAACAAGAUGACCAAGAUAGGAACGACGUUGAGCCCCGAGAUGAGAACAAGACUCAUAAGGUUCCUCAAAGAGAAUCUAAAUGUUUUCGCAUGGAGUCACGAGGACAUGUCGAGCAUAUCUCCAGAAGUCAUCCAGCAUAAGUUGAAUGUGGACCCAAAACGGAAACCCGUCCAGCAAUGA